AUGUCUGAAACCACACCUUUCCAAAUUCCUACUACUGGAGAUCUUCAUUGGUUUAAAGUACCACCAAAAGUAUUCUUUGAACCAUUUUCUAUUAGAUAUCUUGCAGAGCUUAAAGACUUGAGUAAAAUCUUUAUUGUAUCUGAUCGUAUGAUUUAUAAAUUAGGAUAUGUUGAAAGAGUUAUGGAGGUAUUAAAAAGAAGAAGAAACCAAGUUGAGAUUGAAAUUUAUAUUGA